GACAAUAACACAGGAAGGAAACCACCAAGACCCGAACGGUCGCAUGAAAACUAUCACGCCAACAAUAAAACGGUUUCGUUCCACCAAAUUUAACAUCACUAUAAAUAAUCACUGCCUUUACGAAAUGACAUCAGUAGUGUCACGUUAAUAACGACGCAAUCAAUAAGAUGUCCUCAGCAUUUUUUAUUACAUCUCUUCUUUUAGUAAUUGUGACCCAGGCUGUUAAAAUAGAACUAGCAGAAGAAAAAACACCAUACGAUUAUGUAAAGGAGAAAUUAGAUUCUAUGUUAGUGGACGCCAGAAGUGGAAUGCCUUUGUCAAGCUCAUACGAAGUUGAAGAAAGUGAAGAUUAUCCUGAAAAUUUAAAAGAAGCAGCAUCAACAAUUCACAACGCAGUAUCUGGUGUUGGUUAUGGUCAAGGAAUUGGUAUUGGAGGCUUAGGUGGACUAGGACUUGGACAAGGAUUAGGAAUCGGUUUGGGAGGACUCGGAGGCGUUGGUGGUUUGGGCAUUGGUGGAAUCGGUAAUGGGAUCGGAUUGGGUGGUGUUGGUGCUGUCGGGCUUGGUGGAGUGAACGGAGCUGGAAUUGGAAACGGAAUUGGAGUAGCCAAUGGAUUGAUUCACCCAGGCCUUGGAGGAAUUGGUGUUGGUGGAAUUGGUCUCGGAAAUGGAUUGCUCUACCACCCAGUUUUAGGCUCACAAGUACAAGGUGGAUAUGUAGAUAAAAAUGCCUAUGACGCUGCUCAGAAGAAAGGUGCCGAUCAUAACGUAGAAAAGUUAGAAAAGAAAGCCGAAGAAGAAGUAAAGCAUGGACAAGAAGGAUUCCAGCAAGGUGCCGCAGCAGCUAAGGCUGAAAAGGGGGAAUCAAGCUUCUUUAAGGAUGAAGAAGCAAAAAAGAAAGCUGCUGGAGAUGAAAAGUUUUAUGAAGGUGGACAGAAAGUUAAUAAACAAGGAGCAAACGAAGAACAAAUUAAAAAGGCAAAAAGCCAUAAAAAGGGUCACGUGAGCAAAGGUUUUAAAUCGUCGAGUAGCAAAAACGAAGAAGAAAAGUCUGAGAGCUUCUAUGAUGAGGCCCACGAUGAGGCUGAUCACAAGGUAGCUGGACAGAACGCUGGUUCGUUCGGCGAGAACUCCCAACAAGGCUUCAAAGGUGCUCACGAAGAAAAGAUUCUCGAUGCCAAUGCUCAAGGCAAGGAAGGACAUCACUUCUCAGAAGAAAAGAUCGAUGACGCUAAGGCGAAUAAGGGAGAAUUUCUACAGAAGGGUUACAAGGGAGGUGCAGAGUUACUGGAGAAAUUCAAUAACCUUGGUGCUCAAGCUGUGCAUGGUCACCAAGAAGCCAGCGGUGGCUAUCAACAGAACAAAGGAAUAUUGCCAAUACACUGAGAAUUGCUCUGCUUACUACACUUUACACGAAUAAAUGAUUGCUUUUCAUGUUUUAAAUGGAUUUACUCUAAAAAUAUAUAAAUAUGUUUUCUA